GAGGAAAGGAUGGUUAGAAAGUGGCAAGUAGUGACAAUAGAAAGUCAAAGAAAGUGGUUUUCUACACGCGCGACUCUUUUUCUAGACUAAGACAGACUUGCAUGAGUGCUCCAUAGGAUUCAUGUAAAACCGACACGUGUUGACGAGGCGCAGUACUAAACUAGUUAAUAGUUUAUUAACUUUUGUAAGAGGCACAUAAAACGUUUUAAAUGCAACGCUGUUUGAUAUAUGAGAAGACAAUGGCAGCCGAGACGAAGAACGGCGGGAGUUCAGUCAACAACAACAACAACUGCAAAGACCACAGCCGGAGAAAGUUGCUGGUUGGAGUGGAUCUCUUCUGCUUGUUUUUAGCCGGCCUACCUUUCUUGGUCAUUGAGACCAGCGCUGUUCAGCCUUACCGUAGAGGGUUUUACUGCGAUGAUGAGUCCAUCAAGUACCCAGCCAAAAACGGAGACACCAUUAGCGACGGUGUGCUCAGUGCUGCUGGCAUUCUAAUCACCAUCCUCUCUAUCAUAAUUGGGGAGAGCUACAGGAUCUACUUUCUGAAUGAAGGAUCCAAGUCCUUUGUGGGAAACCCCUACAUCUCCACUCUCUACAAGCAGAUUGGAGUGUUCAUCUUCGGCUGUGCCAUCAGCCAGUCCUUCACCGACAUCGCCAAGGUGUCAGUGGGCCGCAUGCGCCCUCACUUCCUGGACGUCUGCAGACCUGACUUCUCCACCAUCAACUGCUCUCUGGGCUACAUCACCGAUUACCAGUGCCAGGGGCCUGAGAGCAAAGUCCAGGAGGCCAGGAAGUCAUUCUUCUCUGGUCAUGCAUCGUUCUCCAUGUACACCAUGCUUUACCUGGUGUUUUACCUGGAGUCUCGAUUCACUUGGCACGGAGCCCGUCUGCUGCGCCCUUUAACACAGUUCACCCUCAUCAUGAUGUCCUUCUACACCGGCCUGUCUCGCGUCUCCGACCACAAGCACCACCCGACUGAUGUCCUGGCUGGUUUCAUACAGGGAGCCCUGGUGGCCUACUGCAUAGUUUUCUAUGUGUCCGACUUGUUCAAGCCCAAAGGACGACGUUCCGCCCUGUCUCCUACACCGGGGAGGAAAGAUCUCAUUCCUGCAGCAGACAUCAGAGAGCGGAGCAAUCAUCUCAUCAUGGCGUAGAGAAGACUGUAAGCUGCCUCAAUAUAACACCGACCCGUGCCUCUUUAUUUUUUUUUUAUUCGCUACUACAGCCACUAAUCAUUACUGGAGGAAAAACACUCCGACAAUCUGGAAAAUGCAGAGAAAUCCUGUCGAUCUCAGAGGAUGAGAAGCAACUGCAGAAAAACAGUUUAGUUGUGCUUUCUCUGUAGAAAGUUCCAGCUUUCUUUUUUUCACCAGACAUUUGAAUGUGGAAAGGAGAGACAUCUCUCUUUUUUUUCUCUCUCUCUCCUGUUUUGAAGAUAACUGGAUAUUCUCCAUUGUCAAACUUUUCCCAGGACAAAAGUCGGAAAUCAGCCAAAAAGACAAGAAAUGAUGAAACAGCAGCUGUAAACAAAGCUGUGUGCGGCUUUUUCUACCUUUUUUAUUCUUUUCCCUGAGCUGCAUCAUGUUUUCACUCACUGUGUGACUCGUUAAGAUAUCAAGACACGAAAACAAAUUCCUUAAUUUCAGGAAGGAUGUUGUUGUAGUUAGGUUGUAAUACGAACAUUGUACGCGGGACUUGUAGCACUAUUUUAGUUCAACUGAGUAUUAUUUUGUCACCACUUGAAUGAACUGUUGAAGCUUUUGGAAAGCUUUGGAAGUCUUUGUAAAACUUCAAAAGGUGCACAUAAGUUACAUUAGGUGUAGUUACCGGGUGGGUGGGUGUUCUGGAUUUGGGCCUCUUUCUGCUGGCAAGGAUGAGCCCCCACUGAGCCAUUUAAUGAAACGACUGUCUGUGAUGUUUACCAGACGGGCGCUCACAAGUGUUGGGUCAGUGUGUGUGUGUGUGUGUGCUUGUGUUUUUAAUGUGCCAGUGUGUCUUAAUGUCAAGUCCAUAUAUUUCAGUGUUUAUAGCCUCUGAGCAUGCUCUCUCUCCGGGGAAGAGGCACCUGCUCCAGCACACAAAUGGUAAUGUACUUAACUAUUACUAAUCAAAAUGAUUAGUUACCCAUAAUUCCUGCAAUAGGUAUUAAUUCCACAGUACAGUUUAGCAUACUAGUAAAAAAAAAAGUUGUAAAAAUCCUAUAGUUGGACUGGCAAUGAAGCUCUGCAUCAUAAUAGACCAACAUGAUAUAAUAACUAAAAUGUUUGCAUGAUUUUAAUCUAAUUAACUUUUAAUGAAAUCAAAUAUUAUAAAACUGUCUGAAAAUGUCACGAAUCACUUUUAAAUAACUGGGAUUUAUACCUCCCCACCCCCAUACGUCUUGAAACGUCUACAUACAGCAUGUUAUGUAUUGUGUGUGUGACCAUGUGUGUGUAUAUGAAGGUAUGUGUUUUGCAGAAACACCCACUAUAUGUGGUGAGACCUGUGUAAAUGUAAAACGUGCCUCUCAGAGAGGCAGACGCCAUCCAGUGAAGUGGACAGUUUGUGAAUUUAAACUUUUGUUAAAACAACAACAAAGCUCUGACAGCUUUGGUCCAUUUUUUAUAACAAAAAAUAAAUAACUGUAUUUUUGUAAUGUGAAAUUUUGUACAAUGCAACUGUAUGACGUAUCGAAGAUAAAAAUGUCUUUAAUAAAACA